GCUCUCGUAGAAACCAACAUGGACACUUCCUGGAUCAAAGAACUGAAACGUGAUUUCUCAGGAAUAGUACAGAAGUACACAUCUGGUUUGACUUUUGAUGACAUUGUGAAAGAACAACAAAGCCAGACAAUGCCGGGGCCACUGCACGAAGCUAGUAGAACUAUUACCCGACAAGAACUCUUAUCAAAAAUAAUAUCAACACUCGUUGGUCUAGCAGCUUCUUUCACCAUUACUUACUUCGGGGUCAAAUAUUUGGUCAACGCAAUGGAUCCAACGCGAAAGGACAAAAAGGAGGCCCAGGACAGGGCUCAGAAAAUGUUAAAGCGUCUUGGAGUUGAAAAUGUGCAAAAAUUGUCUGAGUAUGAGCUGUGCAUUGCAUCCAACCUGGUUGACCCUCUGAGCAUCGACAUCUCAUGGGAGGACAUCGGAGGAUUGGACAGCCUCGUCAAAGACAUCAAGGAAACCGUCAUCCUGCCAUUCACUCACAGUGACCUGUUCAGAAAUUCACAACUACUGCAACCACCUAAAGGUGUGCUGCUGUAUGGGCCCCCCGGAUGUGGAAAGACGAUGCUUGCAAAGGCUACAGCAAAGGCUGCAGGAGCUCGCUUUUUGAAUCUACAAAUUUCUUCCCUGGUAGACAAGUGGUACGGAGAGUCCCAGAAAAGAGCAGAGGCCGUUUUCUCAUUGGCAAUAAAGUUGCAGCCAACAAUCAUUUUCAUAGAUGAAAUUGAUUCCUUCCUACGAUCUAGAUCGUCCACAGACCAUGAGGCAACAGUGAUGAUAAAGACCCAGUUCAUGAGUUUCUGGGAUGGUCUGAUCACAGACCCAAACUGUCAUGUGAUGGUGAUGGGAGCCACAAACAGGCCCCAGGACGUGGAUGCGGCCAUCUUGAGACGGAUGCCCAGCAUGUUUAAGAUUGGUUUGCCGAUAAAGAGUGCAAGAAAGCAGAUUCUCAAGCUGAUACUAGAAAAGGAACAUGCCAGCGAUAUUGACUAUGAUCGCCUGGCUGACAUGACCAGUGAAUUCUCUGGGAGUGAUCUGCGUGAGGUGUGUCGGUCUGCAGCCAUCACAACAGUCCAGGAGCUGGUUAUACAGAGAAACAACAACACUGUACACACUGGUGAGGAAGAUCUUGUCAACAGAAGACGGAUAACUUUCAGCGACUUGGACAAUGCAAUACGCAAAGUGAGACAGACGAAGAGCAUGCCAUCAUUCAGUCAGACUAUAUUCCCUGUAGACUGAGCCAAGUAAUUCUAGACCAUGUAGCACUGUGCCUGUGUGAGAGACAAGUUGUAGCACAGGUUCUACUCUGUGUGUGAGAGUGUGUAGAAGAAAGCUGUAUAUGUGUGUUUGUACAGUUGUCACCACCAGUAUAAAAUCAUGUUAUCACUCAUGAUGUUUGAGUGUCAUAUAUCCAUGAGAGGAGGUAUAUGGCAAGUCAGAAGUAUAAAUUGAAUAAAUGGAAUUGUAAAUCUGUGUUGUAUGAAAUUAUGGACAUGCUAUGUUUAAUAGAUAAUAUCUGAUAAUUCUUUGAUGGUAUCCAAUAAUUCCUUGAUGGUAUCCGAUAAUUCUUUGAGGGUAGCCGAUAAUUCUUUGAUGGUAUCAGAUAAUUCUUUGAUGUUAUCAGAUAAUUCUUUGAUGGUAUCAGAUAUUGUAUCUUUGAUGGUAUUCGAUAAUUCUUUGAUAGUAUCAGAUAAUUCUUUGAUGGUAUCAGAUAAUUCUUUGAUAGUAUCAGAUAAUUCUUUGAUGGUAUCAGAUAAUUCUUUGAUGUUAUCAUACAAUUCUUUGAUAGUAUCCGAUAUUUUAUCUUUGAUGGUAUUCGAUAAUUCUUUGAUAGUAUCAGAUAAUUCUUUGAUGGUAUCCGAUAAUUCUUUGAUAGCAUCAGAUAAUUCUUUGAUAGUAUCAGAUAAUUCUUUGAUGGUAUCAGAUAAUUCUUUGAAGAGAUAGAUGCUGGACAUACAUGGAGAGGGCCACUUUGGCUGUUCUCAAUGUGGUUUCAACACAUUCAAGCUUGGUAGGAGCAAUUGAUUGAACACUUGAUGCUGCACAGUUAUCAGUGGGGACACUUGAGGUUGGGGGGUGGGCGGAGUCAUAAUACACGUUGUGUUGUCGCAGUGCCAGUUUAUGGCCAAAGUAUUGCCUGUUAGGCCUCUUGUAAGAAAUUCUAUUUUAUCUACCACACACCUAAAAUGUAGUUAUUUUAUUUAUACAGGGCUACAGAUAAGGGGCGUACAGGCGUAAUGUACUCCUGAAAAUAAAUGAAGUACGAUAUAAUAUAAGAUUUCAAGCGUAUCAUGUACUCACACAAGUACCUUUGUAAUCUAACAUAUGUAAAGUUUAGUAGCUGAAAAGUUGUUUAAUAUUAUAAAUAACAAAACCACAUCACCAACUUGCUCACUCAAAAACAUGUCAGUACUCCUUCAAAAUUCUCAGUACACCUCCUUUUGAAAUAUGAGGUGUAAGUACACCCACACACCCAAACGUUAUCUGGAGCCCUGCUUAUAUAUCUGAAUAUCACUGUUUCAUCAAAUUCCAUGACUUGUGCCAAUUAACAUUGUGCAAGGCAUGAAGUCUUCCCAAUAAUGACAUCCUUACCAUGUCUGUUUCACCUCUGUGGCCAUAUGGAUAAGGCUCCUGACCUCAGAUCUGAUGGUCCAUGGUUCGAAUCCCAUCACAUGAUAUGGAAAUGAGUUGCCCAAGUAACAGGAGACAACAAGAAAAUAGUUUAAGAAAGCUCAACAAGACACACGCAUCUGGCACAUCACAAAUAGCAAAUAAAGAUUAAUAUCAUCUUGAAAACAAAAUUUCCCACCUACUGACCAAGAUAUGUUGCUAAAAGUAGAAAUGUCUGAAGUAAAAUGACCUUCUUUAGUCAUUUCUAGUGAGGAUGUGAGUAGCUGAGUACCAGGACUUGACAUGUGUUAUGUAUCAUGGCGUUUGUGUCAUCCUAUGAUAAACCUUGGUGCAUAUUUAUCUUUGUACAUAUGCUUUUUCUAGCCUCAGGUCCGGAAUCUGUACUAUGAUGGAGAUGUUAUUUAUCAGUAAUUCAUGUUUUGUUUGAUAGUGUCCCCUCUGUAUUGUUUUUAAAUUGUGAAAUGUUUGUAUUUUGUAAUUAGAUUUAUUUCAUGUCAAAAUAAAGCUUCACUAUUGUAAGAUCUCUGCUCAUGUCUUAUUUGCUGUAGAUAAACCAUUUCACUGUUUCAUUAACUUAUAACCAAAUGUAAUAGUGAAGUUUUGUUACUAUUAUAUGUGCAACUAAGCAGAACAACAGACACAACUCAUAGGCAGAUCCAGAGGGGGUUGCAGGGGUGUGCACUCCCUCCUUUGUCCUGAAAGUUUAUUAAAUGACCAUUUAAACUCUUGUGAAAACAGGUGAAAAGAACUGUUCACACACACGACCUUCACAAAAGUUGUAUCCGCCCCUGACAACUGUAUUGAGGACCCAGAUUGCUGUGUACAGUGAAACGUUGUUUGUCAAGCACCUGCUAAUCUCUGAUUCCCUUCAUCCGAGACAAAUAUACAUUUACAAUUGUAAGAAGGGUUGUUGCUCUGUAUGGAUGAUUGAUUUAUCUGGAAAUUUGUUAAUCUGGACAAUAUCACAGAGAACAGUGUUUGGAUUAGUGAGGUUCCACUAGAUAUGAUUAUAUAUUGUUUUUGUCAGAAAAUAAUUAACAAUGGUUGAUGUUAAUAUUGUUAUAGUAUAGUUAUAUAUACAUAAGGAUGUCAGGCUUUUUUGUUUGUCACAGUAUGAUCUAGGUUGCUGCACCUGUUGUAACAGAUUUAUAGGACAAUGUUGAGUUAUUCACAGGCUGUUGUGAUAUUGUGGCUGAGGUGUUCCUUAGCAUUCAAACAGAAAACAAUUCCAAAUCAACAGCAUAUUUGGAGAAUAGUUCCCAUUAUUGGUCAUGUAGGCAGAGGGGGCUGCUGAAUAGCCUAGUGAUUAAAGUGUUUGCUCGUCAUGCCUGGGUUCGAUUCCCCACAUGGUUACAAUGUGUAAAACCAAUUUCUGGUGUCCCUGCCAUGAUAUUGCUAGAAAAUUGCUAAAAGGGGCUUAAAAUCCAACUCAUUCACUCAUGUAGGCUGGUUACUUUGAUCAUUAUAUUCCUCUCUUCACCCAGCUGUGAAUGGGUGCCUGGUGGGAUGAGAUGGUAAUGUGACUGUUACCUUCCAUUGCCUCACAGGCAGGUUGGGUUGUAUACUGGGUACUCCCCAGGGAGUUGAGAAUGACUGGGGUUAUAAUGUCAGAGCUUUGACCAUACCCUUGUGUAUGUCUGUCAAUGCAGUAUUAAUACACACAUAUUAUAUUUUUAUUGUAACAUUGUCUCACAUCUUUCCUCCAUGUGAGUUAAAAACUAAUGCAUCCAGAUGGCUUGAAGAGAUUUUGUCAUAUUGUCUUACUCUACAUUCACCAGCCAAUCAAUGAUAUUUAAUGUGUUUUGUCUGCUAAAUCAUGUCUUAUUGUGUCUGUCUUUCAAGGGGCAGUGGGGUAGCCUGAUGGUUAAAGCGUGGGUUCGAUUCCCACCUGGGAAGACCUGGGUUCGAUUCCCCACAUGGGUACAAUGUGUGAAGCUCAUUUCUGGUGUCCCCCGCCGUGAUAUUGCUGGAAUAUUGCUAAAAUCGGCGUAAAACCAAACUCACUCACUCACUGUAUUUCAAUAUAUAAGGGCAGGUAACUCUGUACGUCAGUGACAUGAUAAAAUAUAUUUUCAUGAACUCCAUCUCAGAACACCUCCAAGAAACACCACAAUAACAUAAGUCUUAUAAUGGACAAAUUGCAUUUUCGGAAACUUUCAACAUAUUUGUUUUUGAAGUAUAUAUAUGUAUUUCAUUUGUAUUAUCAUGUCAUUAGUAUGUUAGAUUUCCUGAUUUGUUUGGGACUUGUAUGAGGAGACUGGAUGUGUCAGACAGGACUCUGUAGUUUGUUGUGUACAUACAAACUGUGUGAUAAGUUAUUUCAGUAAAUAUCUUAUGUUGCAUGAGAUCUCAUCUGUAUAACCCAGAAACAUGGAAGUAAAUACAUGCAAAUGU